UUGUAGUGUGAAAUGGUUUUAUUUGAUCUCUUAGUACAUCUUCAGUCUUCCUUUCCAUCCAUCUGUCUGUGUGUCUCUGUGUCUGCUAGUCCCACCUCAUGUCAUCUCUCCAUCAGGGCGCCUCCUCACCAAACCUCGUUGCAAGCCGUUUCAGAUGCCACACCAGUAUCUGACUGUGCGCUCUCCAUGCUCUUCACUGAGGAGUGUGAUAAAGUGAGGGACACCAUGCACGUUCACUCCUUCAGCUACGACUUCCACCUGCGAGUGGUUCACCAGUACCUGGUCGGCUGCCACAUGACGCUACGGCAAGGCUACCAGCUCACCGACUUCCUGGACGACUUCAUCUCCCAUCACCCGGACAUCCCCAAGUUCGGCCGCAACCACGUCUUUCAAGGGAGCUUCUCCAUCUCCACGGGGAUGAUAACGGCUCACCAGCUCUACAACUACAUCACCGACCACGCCAGCACGUAUGGCAUGAAGCCGCUCCGCAUGUCGAAGGCUGCGGUGGCCACUGACAACAAGAAGGCGAUGCCUGACCUUCACGAGUAUGCCCUGGUGGCUCUGUGGAACAGUUCGGGCUCUUACAAGGAUCUGGACGGUCUGCCCCACCACGAUGACUUUGACGUUUCCCUGGUGGUGUGUCACAACGCUGCUCCGUUUGAGGAGCAGUCAGACGGGGAGCGGCAUCUGCUCAGGCUACGCUUCUACGUGAUCAUGACCAGUCAGCGGGAGCUAUUCCCCCGCCUCACUGCAGACAUGCGCCGCUUUAAGAAGCUUCCUCAGAUCCACCGUGAUCCCGGAGAGCUGGGGGGACGGCUCUCCCAGGAUCGAGCAGAGGCUUCUGGGUCACGUGGUUCAGAGCAGGACCUCUGGGAGGAGGGUUCGUCUGAAGCCUCAGCACCCUUGGCUCCAAGUGAUGGCAACGAGUUUUACCCUCUGACAGGCGGUGGACCAGAGGCUCAGGGGCUCCUCUACGCCUCCCCACUGUUCCCUCUUCUCAACAACGAGGUGGCGUCUGCCCGCAGACAGAUCCAGAUCAGCGUGGAGCAGGCCAUGGGUCACUGCCGCAGGGACAACCUGUGGAGGAGGCUGUUCCACGGCGAGCAUGUGGCCCUGGAUAAACUGAAGCUGGCCAAGUUGUCAUUCAGUGAGCUGGAGGAGCUGCUGGAGGCCGUGCAGAGCCGGUCAGUGGGGGAAAUCGACCCGCAGCUGGACUGUUUCCUGACCAUGGGUCCAGCCUGGUACCAGAGUCUCAUCAAAGUCCUGCUCAGUCGCUUCCCUCAGAGCUGCAGACACUUCGACGACAACGGCAUCCAGUAUCUGGCUGUUCUGAACCAAAAGUUUACAGACUGCUUCGUUCUGGUAUUUCUGGACAACCAAGCUGGAAAAACUAGUUUAAAGGUUGUGUUUCGGGAGCCGCUGCCAUUGCAGCCGCAGGCCGGCAGCAGCCCUCCUCCUCAGCUCGUGUCCAUGUAUCAUCACCUGGAGUCUGUAAUUAACACCGCGUGCUACAAUCUGUGGACCGGACUGCUAUAGCACUCAAACCCGACUCGUGUCCGUGCUGAACACAAGAAACAUGGAAACGACAGCAGAAGGAAACCUUUCUAUAUAAUGAUGAGCUCACUGACUGGGAACAGCAACAUACUGGACUCGUGUGCAUUUAAGAAGCAGUUUUAAAUGUUAAGGAUCAUAAAGUGGAGCAAACACUACAACGUGUUCCCUCGCAGCACUUUGUCAUCAGGUUCUACGUGACAGUUACUGCCUUCAAACAGCACCGUGACCACGCCACAACGAAAGCUCCUUUCUUACCAUUAUUCUCAAGAGUCAGACGGGCGAUCAACAUCCCAAUAAUUCAGAUUGAUAAAGAGAACCGCAGGCAAUCCCUUUAAAUCAAAACAUACAAAAUAAUGUUUAAAAAGUGAUGUUUUAGACCUUUGAUUGUAGCAGGUGGGAGAUACGUCACCAACAUCUCUAAAAUUCUCAACCAAAUUUAAAAAUGGGCCGAGGAUAAAGAUUUGGCCAAAUUCGCAGACGCUGAGCAGCAUCACUGGCUGUUCAUUAACCAGUUCCUUGAGGAACUUGCAGUCAUUUGCAGUGCUUGACCGGCUAAUUUAAUAUGUAGCAUAUAUGAAACGUCUUACUGAGUCCUACUCUGUCCACAUACUUUUGGCAGUCUGAUCUGAGUGGGUGAGAUGAGCUGCAGCUUUUCAGGGCUCAUAUCUUUAACCUUUAACCUCCACCAACAUAGUGCCAAAUCCAGAACCAGUUUCACGUAUUUCCACCUCCCCAAAGAUGUACUGCUACUAGUAAGCAUGGCACCACAAACUGAGGAUCCCUUGCUGCCUCCAGUUCUUCCAGGAAGUGAGGAUAAUGAGACGUUCCCAAACAGCUCCGCUGUGUGCUGGGUCUGCCACGGGGUCUCCUCCUGGUUGCCCAGAAAACAUCACCUAAGAGCAGACGGCCUGAACCACGUCAUCACAGGCGUAAGGACUCUGCUGCUUGCAUCAGUGAUGUGAUUCUUUUGGUCACCAAGCAAAGCUAGUGUCAUAGUUGAGAGUAAGGACAUACCUUCACCACCACGACUGCUACAGCUCCACAUCCAUCUGUCAAUCUCAGUUGUUCUCUUACUCAAGGAAAAAACGCAGAGCAUUCGGUGCUCAAAAGGCACAAAGGUAGAACGGGCUUCGCCGAAUUAGUGGUACAGAGGUUUGUGAUGACUUCCAGGAUUUUACCGACUCAUAAUUCCAAGCUGCUCCAAUCUCCUCAGUCUGCUGCCAGGCUGAUGGUGGACGACCUGGAAGAAGCUCCCGUGUUCUUUAACACAUUCUGAUGGAUGUGAAACAGUGAGAGCACCAUUGAUGUACGGAGAGAAACAUCUUCAGUGGGACAUUAUUGAGACUGAUGCUUCACUGGUCAUAAUGCAGCACUUACCUGCCUUCUGCACACAUUUAAAGCUCCACAUCUUCAUUAAUGCGUCGGCUUGGAUCUUGUGCCUUCUGAUAGUAUUUAGCUUCACGCCACAUCAGUGUUAAAACAAGAAGAGACAGCCCAGAUGUCGGUGCGCAGAGUGGGAAGGCUUUUAUGUUAAAUUUUCAGAUGCGUCAAACCUGUUUCCACUUGAACCCCACUGCCAUAUCUGUUGCCCUGAAGUGCCUUUCCGUGUAUUAUUUUCUCCCUUUUUUCAUUCCCAAACCUGUGAAGUGACGCUGUUGUCGUUCUGUCAGGAGAUGUGUGGAAACACACUGCCGGUGUUAUGCAGCGAAAGUGCCUGAGUCAGUUUGGAGAAAUGUGACAAAAAUUGCCUUUCAUAAGCAGGAAAAUUGGUCAUAUUAACUUUGGUGAUUUGCAUAAUAGCAUGCCACAUGUCAUCAGCGCCGAGUGUUUCCAAAGCAUGUUGGGGUGGUGGUGUGUACUCUCAAACAGUGUGGCUGGUAAUCAUACCUCCGCUUAGAAAAAUAGGGCACGAAGCCAGCCUCUCACUGGACUGUUACAUCACAACAGGAAGGCUUCGUGGCUCCUCCCAGUUACAGAUUCACAGAUCCUGGAGUUGAACCCGUUCUUGGAGGAAACCAAACAGGUCUGAGCUUUGGGAGGUUCACAAACUGAAGAGAACUGAAUGUUAAACACUGGAUUAUUCAUCAUGCAAAAUGUGAACUGUAACCAGACAGCCCUGUAAGAUAAAACCUGCACUACCUGUGUCAUGUAUAUUGUGUAUAUACAGAACACUUUAUACAGUAUGUAAAGUUAAAUAAACAAGUUACAGAGUAA